AUGCCUGACCUAGAGCAACGUAUGGAGGAGAUGCCAGAGGAUCUUUAUAAGGAGAUUGCCCGUGAGGUCGAUCGGAUGAUCGGCACUUAUUUGACUGCAUCAGAGGGUGAAACUACCUUUAGGAUGGCUAAACGUAAGCUUUUGGAUGAUUACGAAGCAUUUGAGAGAGAAAGAGAGGCUGAAAGGAGAGUAAGAAGGAGGGUAGACGAUGGGGCGGCAGGAGACGUGCCUGAGAUCACAGUUCAGUCUCCAUCUUCCACAGGUCAACUGGAGGGAAGUCUGAUUCAUGAGGAAGGGAUACACCAAGAUGACCAGCCGGAUAUGGCUAUGCUAGGCUACAAUCCGACAGCAAAGCACAUAAGCCCAGUACGAGAGCGGCCCUCGCCCACUUCUCCCGAUAUCGAUCUCAACUUCUCGGACUUCAGGAUACCGUCAUCGGAACAGAGUAGAGAGAGUCACGGAAGUCCAUCCAGUCUAGGCUUCUUGAACAACUACUCCUCUUCACCGCUGGCGCGGCCGUCGAAUCCGACGCCUCGUCGUGGUCGAGGCGGUCCUUACAGCAGCGACGAUACGCCUUCGCCACAACGCCCGGGCCCCAUAGACCUUUCUAGUGAAGAUGUGCCUUCUGGCGAAGACGAACAGCCGAUCCUUCGUCCAUCGAAUCCUACACCUCGUCGUGCCGAAGGCUCUAUAGAUGUACAAGUCGACACGCCACGGCCGAAGACUGCGCGUACGAGUAGACCUGACCUGGAUCAGGAGAGUCAUGACCUUUACACUUCUCCUGCUUCUAGAGACGGCACCUCACCAGUGCAAGAAUCACCUCGACCGCGCAUCACCGGCAACGACAUUCGUGAGCGUCGCGAGAGGGCACGUGCUUCAGAUGCGCAGAAGACCGCCGUAAAGCCGCCCAAUACCGUUUCGUUACGCCAGCCGCCCAGUGCGAUGGCUGUGAAGUCCCAAAGUGAAGUUCCAGGGCAACAUCUUUCCCCCAUAAGAGAGGGCACGUCUCCACAUGUUAGCCCUGCGGAAGGCACCAAACAGUAUCGCGUUGCGGAGACACGCAAGCUUAACAAACAGCUUGAGGGUGAGAGGGAGGAGCGCCGUCUGUUUAAGAAGGGUAUACCGCCGAUGGGCGAACAAGCGCGUGAUAAUGAGGAAGAGCAACUGACCGAGGGAGCGGAUGCGGAAGAACAAGAUGUACCUCCUGAGCCCAGUCGAAGUGAGGUACCAUCCAGAUCCGCAUCGAUCGACCCAGAAGUUGAAGAAGAUGAUGAUAGGGUGCACUUCGAAGACGACUUCGAAUAUUCCACGUCAGCAGGACCUAUUGUAGCCGCCUCACCAACGGUCCGCUACGACAACCCCUCGUCUGCUGCUGCGGCUCAAUCCUCUUCGCCGAGAUCAAGGCCAUCACCUCAGGUAACGGCCAAACGCCAAUCACGAAGUUCGGCGGCUCCAAGCCCACCCGAAAGGACUACGGAGAAGGCGGCGAAGACACCUACAAAGACACCUGCGAAGCAAAAGGCUCCACCGACAAUCGGGACGCGGAAGAGCGGAAGAAUUGCAAAGUUGAAGGGUGAGAAGAAGUGA